CUGGUGGUGACGUAAUACUCCAGCAUCUUCAUACGCGUCCAUUGGUCACAGAUACAUGAUAAAAAAAUCUUUCACCCUGGACAGAAAACGUGCCUGAACUUGCCUUUUUCCAGAUUUCCAGUUUUUAAUUAGAUUUUAAUGAUGAUUAGAGGCUGCAACCGCUCCCGAAUGAAUUCCGGCUAUCAGGAUAGCUCUUUCUAUAAAGGUAAAUUCCCGGAGAAGCUAUGGUCACUAGUGAAUAAUUGUCGAAGUGGGGCAAUUAGCUGGUCGAAGGAAGGUGAUAGAAUCUGCUUAAAUACGGAGGAAUUUGAAAAACAAUACAUGAGGGUAGGCGGAUUGUUUCAAGCACGUCAAGUUAGCUCAUUUAUCCGACAACUUAACUUAUACGGUUUUCGAAAAGUUAAUAUUGGUUUAUAUAAAAAAAAUCGAGAAAAUUUCAAAGAAUUUCAAAACGAAAAUUUUUUGAGAAAUCGACCUGAAUUACUCCAAUUUGUAAAGCGGAAAAAUCGACCAGGAAGCCUUGAGAGGACUGAUUCACCGGACGGGAAUGACCUCAAGAAUAUAUCAAAAACUUCUGGCUUUGAUUCUUCUUUUGAAGACAAACCUGAAAAGUUACAACCUGAACAUCAAUCGUCAUCGUCUCAUUUUAACGGAAAACUGCCAGAAAUGGUUCACAUUAUUUCAGAUAGUCAAUCGGAUUGUCAUAGCCGUCCCAGUGUUCAAAAAGUACCGGUAUCGCUAUUACAACGCGACUCAAAAAUGGAGGAUUUUUCUUACAGUGGUGGUGAAGCACCUUUAGAAAUAUCAUCGAGCAGCGAAGCCGACGAUACUUCUCCAAUAGACUUGAGUCAAGUUUCCCGUCUAAAUCCAAAAGUAUGGAGUACCUUUUACGAUCUUCAAGGGAAUAUGCUAUACUUAUUAAAGGAUUUUGCUGCUUAUAAACCAGCAUUAAUCAAAAUGUUAGACUCAACUUAUGAAACGAAUAAAGAAGAUCAUAGUUUCUAUAUCGAAGUCCAUUCUGUUGGACGAGGAGAAGGACAAGUAAGAGUGCCAUUAUUUUUGCAAAUAAAUGCUACCCUGCGUAUAAAAUUUGCGGCGUUAUCUUGGAAUUUUGGUAAAAGAACUGUAGAAUUGAUGCCUUUGGACGACUUAACAACUUUUUAUCCGUCUAUACCUCACCCUGAUUCAUACAGAUUUAAGAAAACGAUAAUAUUUGUUGUAAAAUCUCCAACUGAUUUAAAAGCUGUUUGUGGAAGGGACAUUCGAAAAAUACUACCAGAUGCCACUUGGAAUAAAAUCAUUGCCGCGGAUAAUUAUAACUUUGAUACGUCAGAUAAGGACAUUGAUGAGAGGGAAAAAGAAAAAAUGGCAUCAACUAUAAAGCAUCUUAGCUAUUUUGGUUCUAAAGCUCAGUUUAAUAUGCUACUUGAACUUCUUAAAAUGAUUGAUGGAAGAGAUUUCAAUUUCAAUAUUUCAAGCUACUUAAAACAAUCUUUUGACCCUUUUCAUGAUGUUGGUAUCUUUCGUUUGUUACAGUGUUUUACUGUAAUAGAUGGAGUCAGACAAUCUCAAGGAAACUGACCUAAGGGAUUUUACUCACUCCCUUGACAAAUUAGAAAAUCUCCAUAAGAAUCUGAGUUUGUUGGAUAAUUCUGAAAAUUCUCUAGUUAUUGAAUAGAAAAUGUAUCAAAUUUCAAAUUGGCUAGAAUGAAUUACUCUACUAAAACUGUCUUUUGAUAUAUUUAUUGCUUUGUACUAAAAGAAGUAUUGAUUGUUAAAGAGUUUUUGUAUCGUUAUUUAAUGAGUGUGCCGUCUUUUUAGAUGUUCUUAUUUAUUUAUUACAUAUUUGUCUUUUAAUGUAAGUGGG